AUGAUUUCGGGUCGUUCUUUCAACGACAUUGACAAUUAUCCUAUCUUUCCAUGGGUUGAAACUUAUUUCAAAUCUCAUUCAAUUCGUAAUCUUUCAUUCCCUAUAACUAUGCAAUCUACUAAGAACAGAAACAUCAACCAACAACAAGACAUUUCUAAACUGAAACAAUCACCGAAUAAUAGACGCUUUGUUUGUUCUGUUUUCUCAUGUCUUGAAUUAUUUUCAUCUCUCAACAACAGAUAUAACUUUGAGACAUUUUCAUCAAUUCAUUCUGUUUUCGAACGGAUUCGUGAUUUUAAUGAAAAUCGCGAAAGUUUUUCAGAGUUUUAUUCAUUGCCAGAAAUUUUUAUUUUUGGUGAUCAAACACUUCUUACUCCAAAGAUUGAAAUCAUCAGUGCAACUCCCAUCAAAACAUCAUUUUCAGAAGAAAAGUCACAUGACGACAUUUCAGAAGAAUCAUCAUUUUCAAUAACUAUUGCAGAUGAUGAUUUAUCAGACGAAAAGAUCGAAUGCAUCAGUUCUCCACACGUUUUCUUACGUGCAUCAGAGAGUUGGACAAAAGUAACAAUGAACGAUCUCGAUGACAAAGAUAGUAUUUCCAUCAAACACAGUAAAGUCUUUUCAUUUGUUUACGAGAGUCGUAAACUCUUGAACAGUCUUUCAAUGAGUCCUUCUCUUUGUCGCUGGAUUGAUUUUGUUUUUGGUGUUGACCAAACAGACAAAUUAUAUGAAUCAUAUUUGUUUUCUCAUCAGCGUUUAUGA